AUGUCAAACCAAAUAGUUCAGGAACAAGCUCGCGGGGGUUUUCGCAGCAACCGUGGUGGUCAAAAUGGAAAUCAUAAAACAAGUCGAAGAGAUCAACGACUUAACACCUUAUCAACCCAAAACAGCACACGUCACACAGUUAACUUUGAGGAUGCCCUCGAUAAUCCUUCUCCCAAAGACAAUAGCGAAAACUGCUUCAUUUGCGACGAGCCGAUUACUUGCUAUGCCGUUUCUUCCUGUAAUCACCGGACUUGUCAUCUAUGCUCUUUGAAAUUACGAGCCUUGUACAAGAAAAGAAAUUGUACUGAACAAGAAAAGGUUAUUUUCACUCGCGAUCCUGAAAAGCCCUUUCAAGACUACAAGGAUGCAGAUAUUCCUUAUAUUGACAAGAAAUUGAACGUGUUCUGCGAGGAUCUGGAAAUAUACGAAGAUAUUGGCAUCUUAUUGUCUUUCAAUUGUCCCGAAAUUAAUUGUGAAGAACGUUUUAAUGGAUGGUUUGAUUUGAAACGACAUGUGAAAAGAGAACACAAGAGCAUAAAAAAGUUUUUGUCCAUCAGCAUACUUUGUUCACUCAGCAUGAACUUGAUGAUCACUUUGAAAAAGGCGACAAACAAGGAUUCAAAGGGCAUCCGAUCUGCAAAUUUUGCGAUGCAUAUUUUUACGGAGAAGAUGAGCUUUAUAAUCAUUGCCGAGAUUUACAUGUACUAUGCCAUAUUUCAACAACAUUUCAAAAAAGAACACUAUUUAUGUUUGCAUGAAGAAUGUUUGGAGAAGAAAUUCAUUGUUUUUAGGACUAGUAUUGAUUUGAAAGCACAUGAAGUAGAAGUUCACGGAUCGGACGAAAGGAGGAUUGAAAUUAAUUUUUCUUAUGUAGACUCACAUACAAGACCGAGAAGCCAUCGGAGGAGUCCGGAAAGACAGGAUGGCGGUGGAGGAGAUGUUGUAAGCCCUUCAAUUGACUCUGGAAGGCAAACCCAGAUAGGAGAAUCGUCCACAAAUGAUAGCGGGUACGUUGUUAGUAGGAGAGUAAGACCUCCACCUGGGUUUGGUGGUUUAUCACCCGAGGAGAACGCUGGAUCAUCGGAUAGUUCACCACAACCAACUAAUGUUAUACGAGAACAGAGUUCUCGUGUUCGAAUAGAAGAAUUUCCAACCCUGAGAGCCUCGAUGGAGGCAGUGGUAGGAAGUAAUCCUGAAAGAACAAGAUUUGACCGUUCUUCAACGCCAACUAGACAUAACAUAUCGUCACAAUCACAGACUGGAGAUGUGAAAAAACGAGAAAAAGGAAAAGAUCCUAUGCAAAAACUGAUGGUAGAAGCCAGUAGCAGUAGUGCCUCUUCCAGUGGAAGACUUCCUGUUAGGGAUGAAGCAUUUCCUGCUUUGUCUGUUGUUGGGCUUGUCGAAUUACUGGAAGAUGAAACUAAGAAAAGAGAGUUGUUAAGCGCUUGGAAUGAUUAUAAGGCCAUGGAGAGUUUUCCUGCCUUAGAGCCUUCGGAAGGUUCCAGUAGUGUUCACAAGCCUCCAGUUCAGAACAAAUCAACCCCACGUGUUUUGGUAAUUAAAUCGUCAAGCACACGAGCCGGUGGAACUCGACCUAGUGGUGCUCAUGUUUAUGACAAAGUUGCGGCUGCCGCUCUAAAGUCUUCGACUAAAACAAACUCUAAUUCACCUGCUUCUCCCGCUACCAAUGCAUGGAAGGAUUUAUCACAAUUUACUGAAUCUCCUCGGGCAUCAAGUUCAGUUGGUGAUUCGUCGUCAUCCAUGUCCACGAAGACUAUUUUUAUUAAAGGCAAGCCAGUGAAACUUGAGAAUAAUAACGAUUUUCCAGGUCUCUCAUCCACAUCAUCGUCGACACGUGUGGUUAACAGUGAAUCCGCAUGGGGCCACGGCGGAGCGUUCUCUUCUUUAACAUCUAAUCAUCGCAAUGAUUCGGAUGCUGACGGGGAUAAUGCUGAUACGGAAAAUGAUGGAAAAAAAAGGAAGCAACAAAAGAAAAAACAAAAGCAAGUCUUGUACUAUUCUAGAUAA